AUAAAGAAAACAACAAAAUUAAAUAGAGAAAAGUAAGGUUGAUGAUAAAAACAAAAUUUGAGAAAAUUAGAUGAGAAAAGUUAGUGACAAGAGGGGAAAUGUAUGAGGUAAGAUCACUGUCAAAAUAAACUUGUGCAUAAAAGCAUAGUUGUGUGCAUUUUAGUCAGAAGUUGUGCAUAAUAAAAAUUUGUAAACUCAUAAUAAUUGAAAUCUCAUUCAAAACAUGCAACAUACAGUUUAAAUAGUUACAACUUCAAUAACUAAUAAAUACGAAUUUCAAGUUUAAAUUUGUGCUUUAUUCUUUAUGAACACAAACAGCAGCGGCUGUUUGAGAAUACGGAUUUUUUCUUUGAGAAUACGAAUUCACAACAGUGGUCUGACGUCACGGUUUCCAAGGCUGGUUAAUGGAGCACAGAGCAGGAAGAUAGGAGCCGCGCAUGCGUACUAAGUGUUCUUUCAACUUAGUAGCGGCAAGAUGACGGACCAGGAAGCUACGGAGCAAAGCCAGGUACAGUUAGCGGAUAUCCUAAACACGGCACACAGUCUUGUGUCAUUAUUAAACCGAAGGUUAGGCUCUUCAGGGACUGUGAGGCCAGUUGCACAAGAAAGUGAAAGACAGUCUGUUGAGGGACAGUCGAGGCAAACAGAGACAGGUCCACAGUCAGGACAGCUAAGAUGUCCUCAGCGCAGUGGUUCAGUUCAUCAAGAAAUGGCUCGAUCAUUUCCUGGACUUUUUCGCCGAGAGACAAAAGGGAAAAGACGUUUUACACCGUAUACCCGACCAAAAAAAAGUUUUCUGGUGAACUUUUUUCUCCUUGAGAAACAACGUUCCAAAACCCCCAAAGGAGACGAAGAACUCCAGCUUAUAUUGGCUGGUCUGGGUAAACGUUCUCUCUCAGUAACAGAGAGUUUAACACAUACAGAGCUGACAGAUUUGUUGCUUAAUGCAUUUCCAAGGCUUGCAAGCAUCAAUGGUGGCUGGUUGCUAUACAAGUCUACAGGUGGUGGUGGGCAGCGCAGAUUAGCUGUUAUUCCUCCUGAUUCUGAUGGUCAUAGUGGGCACCAACUGAAGACCGUUAGUGGAAAUGGAAAAUGUACACUGUACAUAACUCCUCUACAGGAACAAAUUGAAACUUCUCCAUUACCACCAGAUGCAAAAGAAUUUGAAAACAUGCCUAAAGCUCCAUGCACCACCUGCAACAACAUGGUACCACUCCAAGCUCUUCCGUUUCACAUCAAGAGCUGCAAAGAGGAAAUGAUUUAUCUCAGCAGCUCCCCUGAGAAUGAAAGCUUCACUCAGGACAAUGAAUCUCCAUUAAGGACAAAACAUCAGACAGAGAUGACUACUGAGUGUCCAGUGUGCAGAGGUAUAUUCAGCACUGAUGCCAUUGAGACCCAUGCAUCUGACUGUGGAAUACGAUCUUCAAACCAAGAAUGCAAUAUAAGCACCUCAGAGGAUGAGAGUAACUACUUUCAAAGCUCAGAGGAAAUCUUGAACUGGAUCAGCGGCCAAGUGGACGACAGUUGCACAUUUUCCCUUUGUGUGUCAAGAUUUGAUCUCUUUAGUAGAGGAAUGCAACAGUGGCAACGCCAGAAAAAAUCCCGUCCAAACUGCCGACUGAAGGUUUCUUUUUUGGGGGAAUCUGGCAUUGACACAGGCGCUCUAAGUAAAGAGUUUCUAACAGAAAUGGUUUCUGAAAUAGAAAACAAACUGUUUGUGGGCAGUGCAGACAAGAAGGGCAAAAAUCCUCUGUACUGCCUUAACAGCCUGGAUACUAACUACUUCCGGACGGCUGGAGAAGUUAUGGUAGCGAGUAUGGCUCAAGGCGGACCCCUCCCAAACUUCAUGCGUGAAUGGUGCUACAGAUACCUCUGCUCUGGUGAUUCAGACAGCAUCCAGGUGUCAACUAAUGAUGUCACAGAUUCAGAACUGUUCCACCUUAUAACAGAGGUAAACAGAGCAACUGAUGAGAACAUAAAUGAGCUUACGGAUGACAUAGUAGGCUGUGGCUAUACUGGAAAGGUAUCUGUGGACAAAAAAGACCUCAUCAUGAGAGCGAUUGUGUUGCACUCAACAAUGAGACUUGUGCCGAUGCUUGACCAACUGAGAAAAGGCCUGCAGCUGUGCGGCCUGCUACAAGUGAUGAAAACCAACUCAGAUUUGUGUUUGCCUAUGUUUGUUCCUGGGGAAGAUGGCAGAGUGGAUGCUGCAUUUUUCCUUGAAAGAUGCCAACCUGGGUUUAGUUAGAGGGGUUCUGUGAGAUACAGCAGAGAAGUUAACAUCAUGAACUUCUUUCAAGACUUUCUACAAAACAUAGAGGACUGUGAACAAGAUGGUCAGAAGGAGGAUCCACAGCAGCUGACCGUUGGCAAAAUCAUGCAGUGGAUAACAGGACAAGCACACAAGCCAGUGCUGCCCAGUGAGAAGAAGGACUUCUUCAUUUCUGUUAAAUUUUACCAUGACUGUGACUCAAGUCAUACCAUUUGUUUUCCUGUUGUUAGUCCCUGUAGCCGCACAAUCACAUUUCCAGUUGUACAUCUUACAACCCUGAAUGACUUUAAAGAAAAUAUGAUAGCAGCCGUUACUCACGGACAAUCAUUUAGCCUCGUCUGAGUGAUUUUGCUUUUUGUUAGUUAAAUGUGCCGUUCUGUUGGAACUUACAUGAAAAAAACCACAGUGGCCAAUGUUUCUAAGUGAAAUCCUUAAAGUUCUGUCAGUUUGAUAAGUAAACACUUUCCAGGACUUUAGUUACCAGGUUUAUAAAAACAUUUGUGUAAGUUAUAUUCAGCUGUUUGAGUUACAAGAAAUUCAGUUCAAGGAAUGAAAGUUUUUAAACUUUCAGUGUUUUAUAAAGGAGUUUGACAGUUUUUUUCUAAACAAAUAAAAACUGAAUUAUUUUUUA